GGGCUGUAUGGGAUCACACUGUUUCUUUGCAUUGAUUCAAACCAAAAGGAAUUUACGAUUUGAGACUGUGCCGUUUUGAUAAAAGAGACAUUCUGCCGGCUUCAGGAUGAUGAAGUUUAGGUUUCGAAGGCAGGGGAAUGACCCACAGCGAGAAAAAAUCAAGCAAGACCUCUUUGCAUUCAAUAAGACUGUUGAACAUGGAUUUCCAAACCAGCCUAGUGCUUUGGCCUACGAUCCAAAACUGCAACUUAUGGCCAUUGGGACUAAAUCUGGAGCCAUCAAAGUUUAUGGAGCCCCUGGAGUUGAGUUCACAGGACUUCACAAGGAGACGGCUGCCGUCACUCAGAUACACUUCCUUCACGGACAGGGAAGGCUCCUCUCUCUGCUCGACGACAACACCUUGCACAUGUGGGAGGUCGGGCAGAGGGACGGGAGCUCGUACCUGGAGGAGGUCGGUAACUUCACCUUGCCUGGCAGGCCUGGCAUCGAGAGCGCCAGUGCUACACGUGUGACUGUGCUGCAGUUGAAACUCACUUGUGAUCUGCUGUCUAUUGGUACGGAGGGGGGUGGUGUCCACUUCCUGGAACUGCCCAGUCUCACGCUGAUGGACAAGUCAUUGUUCCAAGAUGAGAUCAUGCAGAGCGUUCCCGAGGAGUACAAGUGUGGGAAAUCUCUCGGGCCCGUGGAAUCCCUCCAAGAACACCCCCAGAACCCAGACAAAAUCCUUAUUGGGUACAGCAGGGGUUUGGUUGUUCUCUGGGACCUCAAUACUCGACACGUGGACAACCUCUUCUUGGGAAAGCAGCAGCUGGAGAGCCUGGUCUGGGAACGAACCGGGAAGAGCUUUGUCAGUUCCCAUAGCGACGGCGGCUACAUGGUGUGGGCUGUAGACAGCAGCACCCCCUGCACUCACCAACCAGUCUCCUCCACCAUACCAUACGGCCCCUUUCCCUGCAAAGCCGUGAACAAGAUCUUGUGGAGGACUACAGAAUCAGGAGCUCCGCUGGUAUUAUUCAGUGGCGGCAUGCCUAGAGCCAGCUUUGGAGACAGACACUGUCUCACUAUACUCCAGGACAGCUCACACGUCACCCUUGACUUCACCUCUCGCGUCAUUGACUUCUUCACCAUUCACUGCACAGACAAAUGCAAGGACUUUGACGACCCCACUGCCCUCGUUGUCCUGCUGGAGGAGGAGCUGGUGGUGAUAGACCUCCAGACGUCCGGCUGGCCGACCAUUCCCUCCCCGUACCUGGCCCCCCUGCACUCCUCCGCCAUCACCUGCUCCUACCACAUCUCCAACGUACCGCCCAAGCUUUGGGAGCGAGUGAUCAGUGCCGGGCAGCAGCAGGGCUCUCUACAGACUCACACUAAUUGGCCAAUAUGCGGAGGGAAAAACUUAGCACCUGAUCCAAAACAUCAAGAACUGUUGUUAACUGGUCACGAGGACGGCACUAUACGUUUUUGGGACGCGUCGGGAGUGUCUCUGAAGCCCCUCUACAAACUCAGCACAGCCAACAUCUUCCAGACCGACUGUGACCACAACGACAGCCUCACGCAGGCGGGAGAGGAGGAAUGGCCUCCGUUCAGGAAGGUGGGCUGUUUUGACCCUUACAGUGACGACCCCAGGCUGGGCAUUCAGAAGAUCUGUCUCUGUAAAUACAGUGGAAAACUGGUGGUCGCAGGGACAGCAGGACAGGUGAUAGUGAUGUAUCUGAGCGAUGAAAAGUCUGAGCACAUGAUCGACGUGGCUACGGUGGACCUCCUCCAGGACAGGGAGGGUUUCACGUGGAAGGGUCACGACCGGCUCCCCCCUAAAACUGGCUCCGUGGCGUUUGCUCCUGGAUUCCAGCCCGUCGUCUUGGUGCAGUGCAUGCCCCCCGCAGCGGUUACCGCAGUAACGCUGCACGCUGAAUGGAACCUCAUUGCGUUUGGCACCAGCCACGGGUUCGGCUUGUUUGACUACCGUCGCAGGAGCCCUGUGCUGGCAAGAUGCACGCUACAUCCUAAUGACUCUCUGGCGAUGGAGGGUCCUCUGUCCAGGGUGAAGUCGCUGAAGAAGUCCCUGCGCCAGUCCUUCAGGAGGAUCCGCAAGAGCAGGGUGUCGGGAAAGAAACGCGUGGUGGUGAACAGCCCCACCAGUAAAGUGCAGGAAGCUAACGCGCAGUUAGCGGAGCAGGACGCCGAAGUCACGCCGGUGCAGAGGAGGAUCGAGCCCCGCUCCGCCGACGACUCUCUCUCCGGGGUCGUCCGCUGCCUGUGCUUCGCAGACACGUUCCUCAGAGAUGGAACACACCAUGGUCCAACCAUGUGGGCUGGCACGAACUCGGGCUGCGUGUACGCCUAUGCCCUGGACGUGCCCUCGCAGGAGAAGUUUUCGGAGCAGAGCGUGGAGGCUCUGUUGGGGAAGGAGAUCCAGCUGAUGCACAGGGCCCCGGUGGUGUCCAUCGGCGUGCUGGACGGCAGGGGGAACCCGCUGCCCGAGCCUUACGAGGUGUCUCGAGACCUGGCCAAAGCCCCAGACAUGCAGGGCAGCCACUCAGUCCUCAUCGCCUCCGAGGAGCAGUUUAAAGUGUUCAUGCUUCCCAAAGUCAGCGCCAAGACCAAGUUCAAACUGACGGCGCACGAAGGCUGCAGGGUGCGAAAGGUCGCCCUGGCAAACUUCACCAGCGUCUCCUCGGACGAGUACUCUGAGAACGGCCUGGUUUGUCUCACCAACCUGGGCGACAUCCACAUCUUCAGCAUACCCGCCCUACGGCCACAAGUGCGUUACGACUGCAUCCGCAAGGAGGAUAUCAGCGGCAUUGCCUCCUGCGUGUUCACCAAGACUGGACAAGGGUUCUACCUGAUUUCGCCAUCGGAGUACGAGCGGUUCUCUCUGUCGGCGCGUGUGAUCACUGAGCCUCUGUGUCAGGUGGACAUGGAGCGGCCUCGUGAGCCCACCGUACCUGAGGAAAACACGGCGCUCCAGCCACAGGCCAAUGGAACACACAAGACCCAGUCCACGGGCGAGAACAAGUCCUUAGGAGAAGCAGAAGGCGUUCUUGAUGAAAUGCAAAGUGCUCUGUCCUCCCCUGCCUUGGACUCUCCAAACAGCAGCGCAGACCUGACGCUGGACACCACGGGAGAGCUCACCGUGGAGGAUGUCAAAGACUUCUUAGUAACUGUGGAUGAGGUUGAGAAUAAUUUGAGGAAUAUCACAGAAGAAGACGGACGGUCUCCUGGAAUCCUCAUCAACUGACAGACAGAGGCAGUGUGUGUGUGAGGAACUGUUUUCGGGAGAGAGUCUGGUCUGCAACGGAGACUCCCUCUUCGCUUCUUAUUACAACUUGGGAGGAGAAAAGAAAUGCAAGGCUGGAUCUGAAAACGUGGGGAAAGUAGCCCUUUCAGAAUGACAAACGCUAUCCAACUGCUCCACGCCUCCUGCCCCAUCCUCUCUCCUGUUUGAAUUCUUUGUUCCUCUGCUAAUGAGUCUGUCACGUUUUCCACGGCCUAAAACCACUAAGGACU